ACUUUUGGAGAGCCGGAGGACCCACUACCUCACCGCCCGGAGGGGAGGGCGCGCUUGUGGCGUUGUGGGGGCGGGACCAGUGGGGCGGGAGGGAGGGUGGCCUUGGAGGACAAGAAAUGUUGUGGUCAGGGUGGUGGUGGGAGAACUAGUUAGAGACUAGAUCUAGAAGCGCUUGCCAGGAGGACUUGGGUGAUCCAGGAGGGUGUGGGAUGCAGUGGAAAGGAAGGGCCAAACCACCACAAAUCCGGAGUAGAUCUGUGGAUGGUUCCUCAGAGGGGUUCUCUUUCCGGUUGUCCUUUUAUUUGGCAACACGAGAGUCCUCAUGGUAUGUGUUCAAGUUUUUGGAACUCUGUCUUUGGGUGAAUUUAACCUUCAUUAUAGGACUGCCCAAGGCCUUUUCUGAUACUGGGUACUUAGGUGGGGAAGAUGUCAGAAAACAGGAAGCCACCUCUGGGUUUCGUGUACAAACACCCCAGUACGAACACAUCUGGGAGCUCAGGCAAGACUCACUGUCCUUCGUGUCUGAGGCUUUUCAAAGUCCCCAGGCUCUUGCCUUGCUUGCACACGGUAUGCACCUCGUGUCUGGAAAAGCUGGAUCCGUUCUCAGUAGUGGACAUCCGAGAGGGUGACUCAGACACAAGCUCUGAGGGGUCAAUAUUCCAGGAACCCAAGUUAUGCAGCCUGCAGCCACAGAUUGGCAUCCUCUGUCCGGUAUGUGAUGCUCAGGUGGACCUGCCCUUGGGUGGAGUGAAGGCUUUAACGAUAGACCACCUGGCCAUGAAUGAUGUGAUGCUGGAGAAUCUGCGUGGGGAAGGCCAGGGCCUGGUGUGUGACCUAUGCAGCGACAGAGAAGUAGAGAAGAGGUGUCAGACCUGCAAAGCCAAUCUCUGCCACUUCUGCUGCCAGGCUCAUAGGAGACAAAAGAAGACAACGUAUCAUACCAUGGUGGACCUGAAAGACCUGAAAGGCUACAGUCGGGUUGGAAAGCCCAUCCUAUGUCCUUCUCACCCUGCGGAGGAGCUGAAGCUGUUCUGUGAACUCUGCGACCGGCCGGUGUGUCGGGACUGUGUAGUUGGGGAGCACCGUGAGCACCCCUACGACUUCACCAGCAAUGUCAUCCACAAGCAUGGAGAUUCUGUACGGGAGCUGCUGCGAGACACCCAGCCCCACGUGGAGGCCCUGGAGGAUGCCCUGGCGCAGAUCAAAAGUGUGAACAACGCCCUCCAAGAGCAGGUGGAGGCAGUGGCAGCUGACAUCCAAACCUUCUCUGAGGGCUACAUCAAAGCCAUCGAGGUACAUCGGGACAAGCUGCUGCAGCAGCUGGAUGACAUACGGAUCCAGAAGGAAACCGCUUUACAGCUGCAGAAAGCACAGCUGGAACAGCUGCUGGCAGAUAUGCGGACGGGAGUGGAGUUCACUGAGCAUCUGCUGACCAGCGGCUCAGACUUAGAGAUCCUCAUCACCAAGGGAGUGGUUGUGGAGCGGCUCAGGAAGCUGAAUAAACUUGACUACAGUCCCCGCCCAGGAGUGAACCAUAAGAUCUGCUUCUCCCCUCAGGAGAAGGCAGGCCAGUGCCAAGGCUAUGAAGUGUAUGGAGCCAUUAACACGCAGGAAGUUGAUCCAGCUCAGUGUGUCCUUCAGGGAGAAGAUCUCCAUAGAGCUCGAGAGAAACAGACAGCCUCUUUUACCUUGUUCUGUAAGGAUGCCUCAGGAGAGAGCAUGGGCAGGGGAGGAGAUAAUGUCCACGUGGAAGUUAUCCCCAAAGAUAAGAAGGACAGCCCAAUCAGAACAGUGGUCCAGGACAACAAGGAUGGAUCAUACCGAGUUUCCUACACCCCCAAGGAGCCUGGAGUCUACACUGUGUGGGUCUGCAUCAGAGAGCAGCAUGUGCAGGGCUCACCGUUCAAUGUGACCGUGAGGAGGAAGCAUCGGCCCCAUUCAGGUGUGUUUCACUGCUGUACCUUCUGCUCCAGCGGAGGCCAGAAAACUGCUCGCUGUGCCUGUGGAGGCACCAUGCCAGGUGGGUACCUUGGCUGUGGCCAUGGACACAAAGGCCACCCAGGCCGUCCACACUGGUCUUGCUGUGGGAAGUUAAUUGAGAAGUCAGAGUGCUCGUACACAAGUGGCCAGAGCGUCCCGAGGAGUCUGCUUAGGACAGUGGCACUCUGAUGCUUCCUGAGGACAAGUUGGGCCAGUGAUAGAGCGUGACCUGGGAGCUAUAAACCAAAAUCAACCCUUUUUCUCCAAGUUGGCUUUGUCCAUGUUUUAUCUGAAAACCAGAAACUGCACUAAGACAAGCUGUAUGAUAGCAGCAUAGCAUCCCAUUCCAUAAACUCAACUCUCAAGAACUAAGCAGGACUUCAGAGAACAGGCCACAUGGUACUGGUGGUCCUACAAUUAUCCUCUUGGUGUAAGACAAUCUGACUUCACUUGGGAGUCCUGAAGACAGCCUGAGCAAGAGAUACCUUUGAGGAAAUAACACUGUGUAUAAGGGGCCACAAUAAAGCAUUGGAGGAAGAUCAUGGUGGAAUGUGACUAUAAUCCCAGCACUCAGGAAACAGGCAGCUUGGGCUGCAGGGUGUAUAGCAAGACCCUGAAUUUAAAGAAAACAACAAAACCCUAAGCCACAAGAUUGACAAUGGGGUCGCAUCCCAUAAAGGCAUCAUUCUGCCUACUGCUGUUCCCAGUGGCAUGUCAAGGAGUCCUGGAUGGAGUUUGAAAGGGCCUGGAAUGCCACCUGGCCGUAGGGUGUUACACGAUCUUAUUUGAUCAACAUUCAAGAGAAAAGUCAACUAAACUUCCAUGAAGGUUUCCCCUUGUAAACUUGGUGUUUAAGAAUGUGUGCCUUGGUGACAACUGUUCAGUCUGGCUCUGCCAGCUGUGCCCAUGCUGUCUGCUGCCUCCAGCAUUGUCCCACAGCACUGUCACUAGUACCUACAUGACGUUUUAGGAUUUAGAACGGUUUAUUACCUCAGAUUCAUCAUGGCCAACUCACAUGAAGUAGGCAGGCAACUGAAAAAGAAACCUGCAGUGGAGGUUCCUGUGAGGGCAUGGUGGCAUCAGCAGGACUCAGCACAGCACCUCAAUCAGGUCACUAUAUUGUGAGGUGCCGCCAGUGAUUUGGGGCACAAAUACACCAUUUACAAAGAAAUUGAUUAGUGAGCCACACAGGGUGGCAACUGCCUUUAAUCCUAGCACUCAGACGGUUGAGGCAGUAGGGUUACUGCAAGUUCGAGAUCACCCUGGGCUAAAGAGAUUCUGUCUCAAAAUAAAUGAAACAAUAAUAACUUGACUCGUAAACUAAAAUGAACAUGAAGA